UUACUUUAUCUCUGAUCGAACGAAGAAGACUUUGUUAUGGCUGAUAAUGAAGUUGAGGGAGAAAUCAGUGAAAAUGAGAGUGAUGUAAACCUGCAUGGCGAGAGCGAAUGCGAAGGUGAAGACAGCGGAGGAGAAGAUGUCCGCGAGCAAAUUGCUGCAACGGCAAUUGACGAGGGAGCUGUUACACCAAGGAAAGGCAAAGUUAAAAAGAAGAAAAAGAAGUAAGACAACUGACAAUGAAAUUAAUAUACCUAAUAUCUCUGAUACAUUUUCUAAAGGGAAACUCUGACUACCGAUUCACUGACUAACAUACCGACGUUCUUUCCUUCAUCAAUAGAUGGUUGAGCGUGUGCUUGACAAACUGCAAGUAUGAAAGCGGUAAGAUUGUCGAGCUGUUAAAGCUAUGAACAAUAUUCAAGUACCUGCCUUUAAUAAGAUGAACUUAUUGUUCAGUUUUUUGUAAUCGUCUUCGAUUUCUCUAGUUCGUAGGGUGACCAAACGAUUUGGCAUGAAGGAAGUUGGAGAGGACGAAGAUUGGACUCUAUUUUGGACUGAUUGUUCUGUCGCUCUAGAACGAUGCAUGGACAUGCGUCGAUAUCAGGUUAGACAUAUACUAGUUUAAUCAUAUUACAAACAGUUUAGAUACAUUUACUUAUCAGCUGAGUUGUCUACUCAUUGGAUUGUUAUGAAAAAGUCGAGUGUCAGAGUGAGAUCCGUUGAUUUCCUGGUUGAUUUCUGUUAUUUCUCGAGCUGUGAAGUGGGGUACACGCGUGAUUGUGUUCGAACACGAGAACCAAUAAUUGAUUUUCAAGUAGCUUUCCUUCUCACAUAUGAUAACCUAAUUUCUUAACUAGAACACGUGAAAAGACCUUGUGUUUGGAUAAUCCACAGCAAACUACGAAGUGGACCUCUUGGCUUUCUACGCACAGACGAAAAAAAUUGUUCAUUUUAUAAGCCGUGGAGACUGCAAAGUUCCUGUGCGUGUAGAAUUACAUGUGCAUGGGCAACGAAAAAGAUUAAGACUAACGAAACUAAAAGCGCAUCAUAUGUAUGGACAAAUCAUGUUUACACUUUCAAAAUAUAUAUUUUAAUUUCAUCUUCUGAUAAUGACAAUUCUGAAGGAGUUUUGACACAUAAUUCAUGCUUGUAGAUCACUGUGUGAACAAAAAGGAGUUGUUAAUAUCACAUAUCAAAAUUAUUAAGUUUGUGGAAAAUUACUGUGAGUACAUGUGAAUAAAUUUUUUCAUUGCAAUUCAUUAAACAGAAAAUUAACCACUUUCCUGGUAUGAGUGAGAUCUGCCGCAAGGAUCUGCUUGCAAGAAAUAUGAAUCGUUUAUGGAAGCAAUUUCCAAAGGAUUAUGCUGUGUUUCCAAAAACAUGGUGCCUUCCAGCAGAGUAAGUAUAUUACUUCUGAAACAGAUUUCUUAUUGUUAUUCAUCAUUGUGAAAUACGACAAUAGUAAUGAUGAUGAUGAUGAUGACCAGGACCAUGACGAUGACAAUCAUGAUGUUGAUGAUGUUGAUAACAAUAAAUAAAUAUAGUUUAUCCCUUGUCCCAUAUGAUGAUAUAAUCAUUUGUGAUGUUAAAAUGUUUCCUAAUAAACUCGUGUAUUAUUGAUCUUUUGUGAAAAGCCCCUCUUUGUCUUCUCAUCUUUUCUCAGUUAUGGAGAAUUCCAAGCUUAUUGUCGGCAGAAAAAGAAUAAAACUUUUAUUCUCAAACCUGAGAGUGGUAGCCAAGGAAAAGGGAUCUUUCUGACUAAAAAUCCAAAGGUAACUGUUCUAUAGUUUUAUUUAGAGACUAGAGGUGACAAAUGUUCCGUGUAACUUGGAAAUCGUCAGUGAAAAUUUUGACCUGAUGUUAAAAUCUCAGAGUCUAUUUUUUUUGUGUGUUUUCUCCAAUAUGAACCUUUUGCUGCAAAAAGAAAAAGGCUGUUAUAGGAUCAUAGGGAGUUCCUGAUAAAACCAUUUGACAAGUUAAGGAUUGAAUAUGUUUUUGUUUUGAAUUAAGGGUCUGUGGACUUGCACGAAUGUUGUAUUCAUUAUAAACACAUUGAGCUCUAUUUUUAACCUAAUUUUUUUUGUUAGAUUUAUUUAAUGGUGUAGGGCUCGAAAUUAAAAAAAUCCUCAGGUUGCCUUUUGGUGACUAACUGUAGAAAUAUAGUCGCCAGAUGCAAAUUUUAAGUCGCCAUUUUGAAAAAUGUAAAUGACGGAGCUCAUUAAGUAUCAGGGUUUCUGAUAUUUAGCGAGGAUGCGGAGCGGCAAAAUUCAGGUAAAUCUGCGAAAUCCCGCGAAAUUCACAAAAACAUGCAAACUACCACAAAAUUCACUAGAAAUCUUUAUCAAAUACAUGUUGAUACAACAUAUUUGAAACGUAUCUCAGCUAUUAUUGGGGCUGUCUAAUUGCUGUAAACUUGCAAAUUUAUCCUGAAACUUCACCACCACAACGAGCGGAACAACGUUCCAAAACUACCAGGCGGAAAUUAUGUUGCAAAAAACUGGGCACUAUUCAUGAUGUUAAAAGCUUUGCCAUUGGCUCAUUUCUCGGGUGCUUUGUUGUUAAAAUAGCAAAUGAUUAUCUCUGUUAAAAAGCAUUAAACAGGCUCGUCAAAUCAGCGCCAAAAUCGAUCGAUUUCUAGCGAAAUUUGCCCAGAAAAUCUCCACAAAAUUGGCCUUUUUUACCGAUUGGUUUUUAUUGAGCUUAGCGCUGAAAAUUUCAGCAAAUCUUCUCUGAAAACCCCGUGAAAUUUGACUUUUUUCGUGACCUAUCAGAAGCCCUGUAGUGUGGUGCGAUCCAUCAGAUAUGUCGCGGACAGAAGUCGUUAUAAAUUUGGAGGUAAACUGGCUUCGUUUAUACAAUUUGGCACAUUUUUUACGACGAAAGCAAAGCAAGAUAUGAUGAAGUGUUUGUUUUAACUUUAGUCUUUUAAUUUAAAUCUAAAUCAUAGAGAAACCUGGUCACCUAAGUGGCGACUAAACCUGAAGUUUUAGUCGCCAAGGAGAAAAUGUUAGUCGCAUUGGCGACCGUAUCAGUCCCAAUUUAGAGCCCUGUGGUAGUAAAAGCUAUAGUUUCGUCUCUUUCCUCCUUGCCUGGGGGGUCUUGUCCACGGGAUAGGUUUAUUACAGUAAUUUCUUCAAUGUUGUGUAUCAAUAAAAAGUAUUAAAAGUAUGGAAUCAUUUCUUUCUCUUUUGUUUCCUCUUAUGCCGAACUUUCUAUGAGCCAAACCUAAUGCGAAUUAAGGCCAACCUAAAUUAUUUAGACCGGCUGAAUUGAUUCUGACGCUGAUCUUGAUUGCUGCUGAACUAAGAUCAAAAGGUGGAAAAUGCCCAUUUCGGUCAAACUGCUUACAAAGUAUGUUAUAAGAACUUAUGCUUUUAGGUUCUGUACAUGAAAAGUCGGGCGUCUGAAUCCAAGCGGUUCCAAAGUCGCUCCAAAGGCGAAAUUCCUGUCUGGGCUAGGCAAAAAGAAUGGCUGAGCCGUUCCAAAUUAAAAUGGGCAUUCCUAACUGAUUUAGAUGCCAAACUGUUCAUGCACUUAAUUCAAUGAGGUUCGGCUUAUGAAAUGUUCAGCAUCUGAACCAGGCCUUAGGUCUGGCAAAUUACAGUCUCUCCCUGAAAAAAUAAUUUUGUGUAACUUGUCCAUUUCCCAUGGGUGGAUUAAAAACUUAUAAGGCAGUAGGACACUUAUACUUGCAGUCACAGGAAUGUUCCGUGGGAGUAGACUGAAUAUUGACUCCAUGUAUUUUUUGGUACACAGGAUGUGAAGCCUGGAGAACACAUGGUCUGUCAGCAGUAUGUUUCCAAGCCAUUUCUUAUUGAUGGAUUUAAGUUUGAUUUGCGUGUAUACGUGCUGGUGACAUCUUGUGAUCCACUUCGGAUUUUUGUGUAUGAGGAUGGUUUAGGAAGAUUUGCAACAAUGAAAUAUUUGGAUCCAAGUGCCAACAACUUAGUGAGUACACAGUAAAUAAAUGUAAAUCUGGUUUUUCAACCUAACCUAUGGGCCCACAAAUCUAAUGCAACAGCACAUAGCUAUUUUUAGAAAUGUUGUUUCAGCUUGUUUGUUUUGUCCCAAUGAAAAUGUUGUGUUGAUCAGCGCUGUGUAAGAGGCUACAGUGUGCACAGGAAAACUUUCUAGCCCUGAGGGGACACUGGGGUACUCUGACUUUAAGUUUUUGGAUGGUAGUGCCUGUUGGCCCCAGUACAGCAGGUGGCACCUUACCUUUGCUCUUGGUGGGGACUAGAAAAUAAUAGUUUUUUUCAGUUAAAUCAUAUGUUAGGCACCCUGGAAUCACAAGUUCAGACCAUUGGGCUCCCUCAAAUUUUUUCUUACAGCAUAGGCUUGCUUUAAUUGCAUAUUCAGUUUCCGCUAUCCUCAAAAAUCAGCAUUUCCUACAUUUUUGAGUAAUUCGAUGAAAGCCAGUUUUACGGCUUGCCAUUCGGGCAAGCUGUAGCUAGUGCGUACUAGCCCAAAAGUCAUUUCAACUAGCCUGAAAAAAAUAUUUGAUGAGCAUUUGUUACAGUUAGAACUUCUGUAAUUUGAAUUCCCCCCAAAAACUUCAUUUUCCCAUUGGGCAAGUUUAGAAUAGAAAUCACCAGCUCAGUAGCAAAAUCCGCUAGCCCCAGGCUAUGGGACACCGCUUUCUGUGCACGCUGUGAUGUGAAAUUGGUAGACAGAAAAGCAACUGUGUGAUUGUGCUACCUGUAAUAUUAUUGUUAUGUAUUUAAUACAAUUUUAUAAAUUAUUAAUAUUUCAUUAAUUUUUUUCAGGACGAUAUUUGCAUGCAUCUUACAAAUUAUGCUGUAAACAAACAUAGUAAAGAUUUUAUGAGAGAUGAGGAAACUGGUAGUAAAAGGUAAAGUUUUGGUAUUUUCUGUUAAAUAAAUAUGAAAAGAACCUUAACUUUAACUGAACUAUAAUGUUUCAAUAAUUAAAAAUACUCCACAAUGACUAAUGUCGAUAUUUGUCAUUCCAGACGAAUCACUACAAUGAACAAAUGGUUUGAAGAUAAUGGUUACAAUGUUAAAGAGAUAUGGAAUUCAAUAGAGGUAAGGCUAGAUUACUGAUAACAUGAGAAUAAUAAUUGUAAAACAUACAGGGCUUCUGAUAUUUUGCGGAAAAAAAGCAAAAUUUCGCGGGAUUUUCAGAGGCAAAUUCGCGGAAAAAUCGGCUGAUUUCGCGGGAUUUUCGCGGGAAAAAAGUCAAAAGUUGCGGAAAAAUCGGCCGAUUUCGCUGGAAAAAGUCAGAAUUCGCAGAAAAAUCGGCCGAUGUCACGGGAGAAAAGUCAAAAUUCACAGAAAAAUCGGCCGAUUUCGCGGCAUUUUAGCGGGAAAAAGUCAAAUUUUCGAAGGAUUUUCGGGGCAAAUUCAUAGAAAAAUCGGCCGAUUUCAAGGGAAAAUUCAGUGGGAAACUUUGCCAAGAAACAAUCAGUAAAAAACAGCUGAUUUCGUUGUUUUUUUUUUUUGGCAAAUUUCACUAAAAUCGAUCAAUUUUGUGUCAAUAUGACCAGCGUUGUUUAACGUUUUUGUUAACACUGGGAUAAUCAUUUGCUCUUUCAACUACAGUUCGCUCGAGAAAUGAGCGAAUGCUUAAGCUGUUAACAUUAUGGUUAGUGCCCAGUUUUUCGCAACGUUCAUCUAAGAACGCCUGGUAGUUUUGGGACGUUGUUUACUCGUUUCAGUGAUGAAGUUUCAAGAUAAAUUUGGACGUUUGAGGUGAAUAGAAAAGGUCUAAUAGCCAAGAUAAGUAUUAAAUAUGUUUUGCCGACAUGUAUUUGGAAAUAUUUCUGGCGGAUUUCGCGGUAUUGCGUGUUUUUUUGGAAUUUCACGGGAUUUCGCGGAAAUGCCUGAAUUUCGUGGGUCCGCGACCAUGCAAAAUAUCAGAAGCCCUGAACAUAUCACAAGGCAGUGAGAUAACUUAAAAGAAACAGCCAUUUUCCUCUCUUUCCCUCUCUAAAAAAUGUACAAUUUUCAGACUAAAACAGUGAAACAUUUUCCCCUGUUCAGGGCUCAAACCUUGAAUUCCAGCUUGUCCUUUGGACAAACAGCUUUCACAUUUUGCUUGCCAGGGGCCAUUGCUUGCUUGUCUUGGUUAAUGAUUUAGUUCAAGGAUGACUUACCUGGACCCUUGCCAAUUUGCCCAGCAAGAAAAUCUUGUCAGGACUUUUUUCAAGCCCUGCAGUUGCUUCACAGGGCUUUCACUUAGAUUUCAAGUUGCCGGGUAUGUGUAUAGUCAGGAGGUGGAAAACUGAACAGCCCAGGGAGUCCUUUCUCAUUUUGCUUUUGUUGCCUAUGAAAAUAACCGGGGUCAUUUUCAUAGUAGUAGCCAGAGAAAAUCCCGGGCCUUCGUUUCUUAGUGUCAGCCCUGACUAUAUAUGUAUUUUAAGGUGCUGUUAAUUUAUGGGUCUGAACGUAUAAUGGGAAAUAUGGCACUGCAUAAUAAAUGGGUUGGGGGGGUACUUUAGGAAUUUCUCGGUGGGGAUGUGCCGCUGGGACCCUGGGACCCUUAACCUAUACCAGAGCUAGUUCAAGUGAAUUUUGCUACCCUAUACUAGAGUAAAUUUCCCAAAUCCCCCCUAUCCUAGAGUAGCUGUUUUCCAGAAACUACUGAGGUCACUAGCAGAGUCUAGCCAAAACAAAAUCUUCUACCACAAUCCCUAGUCUAGAUAAAAUCUUCAACCAACUGAUCAGUUUCCUGUAAAAUGAUACCCUAUUCUAGACCCAAACACUCUGAUUUAUAUACCCUAUCCUAGAGUAAACUGCUUGAAAACCAUACCCUUCACAGCGGCAAAUACCUAUAUAGCCCAUAUAUGGCAGUACCCCCGGGAAAUUUGUGAAACUAAAGAAUGCUUGCCUUAACUUCUCUAAUAUAUGAAUUAAUGAUAAAUAUAAUUUGUGUGUGAGCGAGGGAGUUUAAAGUUUAGGGGUAAUAAUUUGGUGAGGCGGAAAUUCUGGUGUGUUGAGCACGACACUUUAGCUGCAAAAAUUGCCUGUAUCACUUGAAAUGAAGCUAUAUCUGAAUUUUUACAGUGUAUGUAAAACUGACAAUUCAAUUAAGUGCAUAACAUCACGACCUAAUGUACUAUGCAUGAUAAAUACAGGACUGUUUCUUACUGAUGCCAAUGCUAUUUAUUUGUAUAUUUGAUUUACCGCACGUUUAUUUGAUUUCUUUUUUCAGGAUGUCAUUAUCAAAACGUUGAUCACUGCCCAUCCAAUACUGAAGCACAAUUACAGGACUUGCUUUCCAAACCACAACAAAGGCAGUGCUUGCUUUGAAAUCCUAGGUUUUGAUAUUCUUCUUGACAAGAAGUUGAAAGCCUGGGUUUUAGAGGUAAAGAAUUUUAAAGUGCAUGGACCCAAAAUCAAACUAAUCUUUAAACUUUUCUCUAAGCACUUGUAAAGCACUGGGUAGACCUACUUAUUAUUUACUUUGUACUCCAGGGUAUUACAUUACUACUUUUGUUCACUCUUGUAAAUUUAACAUAAUUUUGAGCAUGUAAUUUUGCAUAGCCACAGCUAACCUAAACGAUUACUUUAUGUAUUUAAUGGGUAGUGAGAAAAAUAAGACUGUUUAAAGUCGUCUAUUUGUCCUUAAGAUGGUCGAAAACAAGUGCUACAGGUGGCCAUCUUGAUUAGAUGACUUUCUGAACUGCUUAGGGGGUGGGGGCCUUUUUGGGAGGAGGCAAGCAACUCGCCUCCCUUCCCCUACCACUAAUAACCCCAACUCCCCUCCCCCUGACAUUUGAACCAGUUAUGAAAUGACUACCAGUGACGGUGAGUGCUCGAGCUUAACAAUCAGCAUCUUACAGAAAAAUAGGUGACUGUGGACAGUCUAUGAGGAAAUUAAAGUGUAAAUAUUGAUUGACCAAUAAAAUGAAUGAAUGAACUAUUAAUCCCACUGAAUAUUACUUCACUACACUGUAUUUCUAUGCUAUUCUAUUCGAUUUCUAUGUUCACCUUUCAGUUUUCAAAAUUUUUCUUUUCAUUUUCAGGUUAACCACUCACCAAGUUUCACCACUGAUUCGCCUCUUGACAAGGAAAUCAAAGAUGGACUGAUGUAUGAUGCUCUUAAUCUUCUUAAUUUUGGGGCCUGUGAUCGACGCAAAAUACUCGAAGAAGACAAAAAGAGGGUGCGGGACAGGCUCUUGCAAAAGCAGAGACCAAGAGAAAACAAGUAUGUGAAAUACCAGUUUGCUGCUGAAGUUGUUAUGUUCACACAUUACCGAAUAGCUUUUUGGUGGUUAGCUCAAAUGCUAAGCUCCUCUGACCACCCUACACUUCUAUCAAAUCCUUUAAUUUCUUUCCUUUUCUUCUCUUUAUUAUUUUUUUCCUGCGUUACUUCCAAAAGCACUUGAUCAGAUUAUAAGUGAUAGAAGGUCCAAACACGCGGGAUCAGAUUGUGUUCUGUGCACUUGAUUCAUUCUUAGUGGAAGUCCAAAUGAAGCUAGCCUGUUUCAGGCUGUCAGAUGGUGGGGAAGACGCGAAAGUGAAAGGUACGCGAAAAGUUGGCGGGGCGGGGCGGGGCGGGUUGGUUUCCACCCGUUUUUUUUUCUCAUGUUCGCGCUUUCUCAAUUCAGCGGACCCGACUAUCUCAGAGCCUGGAACAGGAAAAACGAAGCUGUCUACGUACGUGCCGUAUAUGUGUAAUAGCAAGCCGGUGAUAAGGAUUGUAGGCGCCUCUUGUCCCCCGAAAUUAAUUACCCUUAUGUUAUACUAUUUUCAGGAAAGAUGAUGUCGAUAAUCAGUCACAGUACACUGAAUGGUUAAAGAAGUAUGAAGAUACCCACCUGGGAAAAUACAGGUAAUGUGAAAAAAGGAUUUUCGUACAACCAUACAUUUUUAUGGUGAAAAAAAGAAAAACAGUCACAAACUACUUUGACACUCAACACCAAAAGAUUUCUGCAGUCAAAACGUUUCGUUACAGAUACCUCUCUAUUACGGACAGUUCGUUUGGACCUUAAAGUGAGUGCAGAGAACCUGGACACCUCAGCUCUGUGAUGUGGACACCUUGCUCUAUCCCUUUACUGUCCCUUUUUUAAGGUCGUGUCACCUUAGUGGGUGUCGUUAUUACCAGACUUUCGUUUAUAGAUGAGAACUUUGGCGACUUUUUUGAGCAAUAAGACAGAUAGCCUACGUGUGGCCGCUCCCUCCCUCCGUUUUUCCUUUGUCAGGGGGAGUGUGCGGCUACACAUAGGUUAUAAGACAGAUCACUGACCGUCUUAUUUUAUUUUGCUUUGUAGGCGUAUUUAUCCCGAAGGAAAUGAAGAGAAAUACGCUGUUUUCUUUGAGAACAGUUGCUCACUCUUUCAGGAGACUGCAGCUUCUAAGGCUCGUAUUGAAUGUGCCAGGUGAGAUUUGCGAAGAAAUUUGUUUUGGAUGUCAUAGUUCUUUUUGGUCGCUGAUGGCCGUAAGUGGUAAAUUAUUCGAGGCAGGGCGCUUUUUAACUUUUUCUGCCUUUAGGAUGGGCGCUUAUUCGGGGCGGGCGCUAAUUCGAGGUUGGGCGCUUAUUCGAAUAAGUACGGUACAUAUGUGGAACAGGCGUUAUUUUGUCGCGUGUUUCAGGCGAUAGAAGGCAAAGAAGAAAAAAUAACGCCAAUUCGCAAGUUACGGUUUAUGAAGACGCAUGUUGUCAACUCUGCAACUUAAAAUCUUGUCGCUAAUGCGCGAUACAAAGAAUCAAAUUGCAACUUGCGUGUCGACUUCAUGACUGAAUUUUCAUUUUUAGCUACAAGUUCUUAUAUUUAACCUGCGAACGCAGAGGUCACUGUUGUGGUCCUCGAUUCUCUGCACGGGUGGAGAGACUCGACGCCCGGAAAAACGUCUGCGUGGGCAGGCUACUUGUAUUCAGAUACAUUAUUAACAAUACUUUACUCACAUGCAAGAUCCAAUUUCCCAAAUUUACAAUGAAAUUUAGCGUCCGUUGAAGGCGCUUAAAGGAAUUUUUAAACAGAUAAUGCGCAAGUGCCACGCAGGCUAAUUGAAAUUGAAAUUUAUGUACGAAAAAAAAACUAGCUCCUGAUUGAAUGAUUAGCAAGAUUUUUGCUGGUCAUACUUUUGGUUUUGAUUGAUGUGCUGUUCAAAUGAUGGUAUGCUCAUUGACGUACCGUUCUCCUUCCCUGUAGAGUUCAACGUGAACAAAUUAUAGCCAAGCAACAAGAACUGGAAACUGCGAGACUGAAAAACAGUGGGAGAGCACCAAAGGGAAAAGAUGGACUCAGACCCGAGAGCCCUCAUAGCCGGCGGCCACGAAGGCCCCCAGUAAAGAAGAUGAUUCAAGCCAAUAAAAAUAAAUUUGAUGUAAGUCAUGUUUGCUUCCUUGUCAGCGAAAUAAUUCAGCUUUCUGUGAGACACGUUCUCUGGCUGGUCACUUCCCUCGAAAUGGAGAACUUACACCCAAGUUGUCUAGUAAUCUCAUCUUUAGCCUAGGGAUAUCUUGAGUCGUCAUGAGCGAGCGCCAUGGAAAGCAUGCUCGUAGGCUAGCAAAUAAUUAACUAAAAGCUUCACAGUGUUUCUUUAACUAACUAUUUUGUGAAUACGUUUAUUUCAGGGUAGAAGAGCAAGCCAUGAACAAUCAGAUACCACCAAACCAAUGACCAUCUCGGAGGAGGAAGAACUGGAGCGAAUAACAUGUCUUCUCCAGCGAGAUAAUCUUAUUCGUGGACUGGGCGUGGUCGAGUUUGUGUACAAACUGUUACAUUGUACCCCAGGCACUGGGGGGCCACAAAAGAACUGCUCCUUACAUCACUCGGUGGGUACUUAGCGGAGAUGAUCUCUAGAGCACAUUGUAGGAAUUGCAAUUGUUCUGUGAAAAUGAAAGGGAAUCUAUUAAGUUCGGCAAAGACCUGCCCAUUGGGGUUGAGUAUAAACGGUACUCACCAGACCUAUGCGCGGACCCGUACCCUGCCUACCCAUUGCCACACAACUUUAGGGAGAUAGACACUAGGUGGGAAGCGGGCGGCCGCGGGGGGGCACUGCCAGAGAAGUUUGCUUCCGUAGGGCUCGAGAAGACUAGAAUGAUAUGUAACUAUGGUAGAACAAAGGCUGCUCGGUUAUGUUAAUGCCCAAAUGUAGUCCCGGGCAAGAUAAAACGCGGUCAAACCUUUCCGAAUUCAGGUACCCAACCAACUGAGCUAAUAGAGACCUUUAGAUUCUAAGACGAGUACGACUACGAGUACGAUAUUUUCUCAACACUAAGUAGUACACGCGCGUGAACCCGCUUCAUCAAAAAGUUGUAUCCGUCGUCAUCCUACUACGAGUUUUAACGAGAAUGUUGUAGUGACGGAAACGAGUUAUCGAUUGUUAAAAGUGUUAUCUUUUUGCGAUCGGAAGAGGGCUUGACCUUUUCCGACAAAGAUAACAGUGCUAACUUUCCUGGUUUGAAAUGUAGCACAAUGAAGCAUUCCUUGGUGUCUAUUUUGAUCACGAUAGCCGAAAAAACUGCAAGUGAAGUUCUGGUCCUCGAAUCUAGAGGUCUCAAAUAGAAUAAUGAAUGGGGCCGUAGAAAUAUACUGUGUAAGGUACACGUUAGCCUAUGGUGCCUGAAACAAUUGAAAUACUUUCGAUAGCAGUGUCUUGUCAAAACAGAGUGCAUUAGUUGCGUCCAGUUAAAAACCAGCUCUUUCGAAUCUUUCCUCAAACUUUCUGUCACGGUUAUUUUCGUGUUAAAAGGCAUUCUUUUGAUGAGCCAAGGUAACGUUAUGACUUUGUCAGUGGAAAAUUAAUAGAAAUCAUCCUGUUCUUUUUCAUAGAGCAACAAUUACAACCCAAAAGAAUCACCGUCAAAAAGUAGCGCUGGAAAUUAUCGUGAAAUGUUCAGCGGCAUUGGAGCUUCUUCCAUGUAUGGUUCAAUGGGAUUGUUGUCUACAACAGGCGGAGUAACCACUGGCAACAGCGUAGUCCCGUCUCAGUUGUCUCGGUUCCAGACGUAUCAACCCGCAGCUCUUUCAGCUGUAAUGAAUAUGAACUCUUUAAAUCAACAAGCGCCUCCGACUUUAAUGCGAAAUGACCGUCGGGCGUUAGCCUCCUUUGGUAUAGUGCCGACUGCACCUACGGGCUUACCGAAGCACCGGUAUGGUUCAAGGAAACUUGCGGGAAAUACGAGAACUAUGACUAGCAAUGCGGAUCAUGAUUGGAAAUCAGGCUCAUAUACAGGCAUCGAUAAUGCGUAUGGUAUGAUUGAUCCCAGACUGGACAAUCAACCCAGUGGUACUCUACGGCGACGGACAUUAAGCGCUUCAGGAGUUAAAACAUGCCCGGACUCGAUUCAAGGGAAUGGUGCACGCGCGGUGAAUCCUCGCGUGUUAGCCACGAAUGUUGCAGGCGGAUCGCAGACUAAUCUCUCCAGUCCAGGUGGUGUUACCCCUGGUGCGCAUGCGCAGCAGUAUAUGUGUUCAAUGUACACGUUUCCUAAUGUCCUUAAAGUGGCUCCGCAGCCUCAGAAUGGAAUGAACUUGUCUGUUAUAUCUGGUCCAGCGCCCGUAAGUUAUCGUCCGAGUCAAGCUGGUGUGGGAAGCGAACACGCCGACUCAACACAAAGGAUCGGACCUUCACCCUCUGGACUUAUGAGGUAAAUUAGAACUAAGAGUAACGUUUGCUCUCGGAAAGCAAGAGCCAAAAAAAUAAUCCCUCUGGAGGAUAAUAGUUAUUUUGCAAAUGCGUUGAUUCUUUUAGUUUCCAAUUCAAACCUCUCCCGAGAGAUCACCCAACCACUGCAGUGGUGGACAAAACGUCCAAGUAAUGCAAUAUCCUUAAUGCUUUGUAAUUUCAUUAGCCAAUACAUGGUUGAGAGUAGCAGAAGGGGGGGUGGGGCUAGGCAUAUUUGGCUUCAUUUGCGUGUGAUUAUUGUUUCGCGUGUGUAAAGAUCGCCCCAAUGCAAAUGGUUUUGCCGCCAACUUAUAGUUAACAUUCUCUACAUUUUGGGUCGGUCGGUUGUUUGAACAAAGUCUAAGUUACAGCUCGCUGGUUAUGAAAAUCAGUGACCCCAAAAGUUGUUCUUAACCGCCGUACUUUAAACAGAUAUAGUGUAAAUGUUUUUUUUUUAGCUCGGGCUGUAAACCCAGAUGUGUUCAUUACGUAUAGGUAGUAUCACGGUUGGUAAAAUUAUAAAACGACUUCAGUACGCCGUUAUGUUAAAGACCGAAUUAACUCUGUUUUAGUAACAGUGCCUUUAUCUUUUACCCAAAGCUGUUCUGUAGUACUAACUUGUCUUUUGUUUACUGUUUUCAGAUCAACUAAAGCGCAGAGAGCUCGGGGAGCUACGAACAACUUGCGAUUAAAGGUACUUGUUGAUACGCUUGAUUAAUAUACCAUUUUUGUGAGGCGUAAGGCUUGGUUGUAAAAAGUGUCGGAAUACACACAAAUGCCUGACGCUAUUUGAGCAGACAUGCCUGCUUGGGGACCAAAACAGCCAACUUCGUUGUCAGGGCUUUUCCCUCAGUAAGUGGGAAUUUAUAAGAGGAAAAGUGCUGGGAACGGGUCAUAUAUAGCCAGAGAACGCAGACGUAUUUCCGGCCGUCGCUUCUCUCGACCCGGUGGAGAGAAGCAAAUACGUCUGCGUACGCUGGCCAGGUCACAUAACAGCACUUCCUUCAAUUAAGAAGCAUUACUGAUUGAAAUAUUCCCCAAAAACGGAGACUUGCUUUCACACAGUUUUCGUAGCAUAAGAAUUGUCGUAAAGGCGAUGUUGAAGAUUAUGAUGAUUAUGAUUACGAUGAUGAUGAUGCUUACGAUGUUUUAAAGUGCUGAAAAGAUUUGUGCAAGCUUUACGGUACGCAAACCAGCGCUCUCAGAUCUCCCUACAUUUCACACAUACUUACAAUUUGAGGAGAGAAUCUAGCGAACUAACGCUCCUUUUUUAUGUCAACAGCAGCUUGAGCUUCGUGAAAACCACGCAGUAGUGUUGAGUUGAUUCAGCAGGGAACACAGCGGUGAUCCAAUUUUCAAAUCGACGAGGUCGGAAUUAUCCGAAAUCUGCAAACCAGCAUGGAGCGAUUAAAGAGGGUACUGAACUCCCCAGAAAUCAAUAGAUUUAGUGAUAUCUGGUAGUAAUGAAGAACAAUUUGUAAAACAAAUUUCAAAAUCACCACUUUGUUACUAAAAAGUAACUUUUGUACAUUCGUUGUAUAAAUUCCUAACAUUCGGAUUGUCUCCCAUUCACAUAUCUUUCGUACGCGUAGGUAGAAAUGAUUAUAAUUGUUAGCAUUUUAGAGUGAAUUUUUACAUUAUUGUAUAAUCUUUGAAAAACUUGUGAACAAUUUUGACCAAAAAGGUAUUUGUAAAUAAGUAUAUCAACAGAGUUGUACUUUCAAUAAUUAUUAUAAAUGCGUGUUAUUUUGAUGAAUGCGGAAGAGUAUGUAUCAGCAAUGAUUGAUUUAAAAAAAUUCUUAAAAACCCAGCGUUUUAAGAGUAUGAUUUUGUACCAAAUGAUAAAGUUUGUAUGAUUGACAGAAAAAAAACAUGUUAUUAAAAAAUUGC